AUGAUGGGUGUGAUCAGUAAAACAGAUCACCUGAGAGCUAAUGAAGACCUGCCGGUGCAGCUACAGUGGUGCCACCAAGUUGAACCCUCCAGCAGUGGACGGACAGCAGACCUGCUUGGUGGAGUGGGUGGAUUAGUGGGUUUUGGUGGCCUACAGGAUUUGGGGUAUGUGCCGGCUGCCUCACAGUGCCAGGGUGCCGAUGAGACUGUGGCUGCCAGCUUUAGGGUGGCACUCAGAAAGAUGAUGAAGAAAGAUGCCACCACAAAGAUUAAGGCCCUGCAGGAGUUUGAGGCAUUAUGCCAGACAGAGUGCCAGGAGGCUGUACUCUCGGCACUGCCCUUCUGGCCCAGACUGUAUGCCAAGCUGUCCAUCGAUGUGGAGAGACGGGUCAUCAUGCCAACCUGGGUCAUGGCUGUGUGUGACCCCCACACCCCUGCUGCUGAUGCUGCUGCUAAGGCAUUCCAGGAGGCCUUUCCAAGAGAGAAACGUGCAGAAGUCAUCUUGUUUACAUUGCGAGAAAUUGUGAGCCAUUUUGCUGACAUGCUGUUUGUCCAGACACCACAAACAUUGUCUGACCCAAAGUCCCUGUAG